GACAGCAGUCAGCAGCGACUGCAUUGCAUGUAGAUACAUUGUAUCGGAUUGGAAUUUUACAUUGCAGAAUUGCUGAAAAUUUCAGAAACUGGAAAUCUAAGAAAUCCUACGAAAACGCUGAUUACAGAAGUCUUCAAUAGGAAUGUGAAAGCAAUGGCCACUGCAGACGAGAGGAAUUUCCGCAGUUCGUACUAUGAGAAAGUAGGAUUCCGCAAUGUCGAAGAAAAAAAGUCAUUGGAAAUUCUGCUGAAAGAAAAGUCUCUAGAUAAAAUCAAACUCAACCAUUUCUGCCUGAGGUUUCCUGUGCCAGGAAUACACCGCAGUUACCUCUGGAAACUUCUUUUAGGGGUUUUGCCUAUGCAAGUGGCCUGCCACGAUUAUGUGUGGUCAUGCAGAGAACAGUCAUUCAAUGACCUGGUUCGACAAAUGAAAGUGCUAAAGCUGGACUACCCUUCAGCACCCCACAACUUUGUUAUCAUGUGGCUGCUUGAAACCAAUGGCGUGCCAACUGGCUGCACUAAUCCACUCCAGUUAAACCCAAUCAAUGAAAACUUCGCCAAGCUGGCAGCUAUGAUGAUGGAGUUCUUUGACAACGAUGUCGAAGUCUACUGGGUUUCCAAAGGCUUUUUCAACUUCCUCAGCCGACUGGCUAUUGAAAUGCCCAAGCUCUUGGAGUGCACUUUAACCCUACUGGAGAAAGAAGACUGCGAACUUAAUACUUACAUGCAGGAGAGGGAAUUACUUGCAAAUCUUCCUCUUUUUGAUUGGUACACCUCCAUGUUUGCUGUGGUUCUCAGUGAGUCCUCUCUCUGCAAGAUCUGGGAUAAAAUGGUUGGAGGCUCAUACAAGAUCUUGAUUUUCGUGGCGGUUGCCCUCUGCGUAAACUUGAAGAAGCAAAUUAUGUCGUGCGAGACUCUGGACCAUCUUUUCAUCCUCUUUGAAAAUGUUUCUGAGGAUAUGAGUGAGGUAGUGGUAAACAAAGCGCUGGACUUGUGGCAGCAGCAUGGCAACCUGAUUAACAUGGGGCUCGAGUUCAGCAUCAAGCACAACCCAACAGCCUUGUGGGCUGCCCAGCAGACCUCAUCUAUGCCUAAUCUGUCAAGUGUCAGUGGGCAGAGCACAACAGGAUUUCUAGAGCGACAAGUGACUGUCCCUGAUGUUCACUUAAUGAAGGAUCUCUAUCUGUGGGAGUACCAAGAGCCAGAAAAAUGUAUACAAGAAAAAUCAGAUGAUGUCACUGAUUCCGACAAGGUUUGCGACCCACUACCUCCAAAACCAAGUUUAACUUUUGCUGAGGCUUGCGAUCCACAACCUCAAACACUCAGAGAAGAUCGUGCUGAGGCUUGCGAUCCACAACCUCAAACACUCAAAGAAGAUCUUGCUAAGGAUUGCAACCCACAACCUCAAACACGCAGAAAAAAUCUUGCCAAUUCGAACCUGGCUGCGAAGCGAUUGGCGGGUGGACCAAGUUGUGCUGUUGUCGAGCAGCAUAUGAAAAAGAUUACCUACGAGUUGAGCAAACUCAAACUGGAGCCUUCACCAGAGAGGGAGAAAGGUGACACUGAUGAACCCUGGAUGAUGUGUUCUCGCGGAAAUCCACAAUCUGGCAAUGUUCAUUUUGAGCCUGAUUGUGAGAUUACUUCGGAAUCAUGUGUGAUUGAUAUUGUUGAUAGUGGGGAUUAUGAGGCACACUACUACUUGCUAUGCAGAGAAAUACUGCCAAAAAUUUUGGUUUUUGUUGGUGUGAAUGUCGCCAUAGUUGCUUUUCUGAUCCUCAUUUGGAAGAUGUAUUUCGUAAUUUUCUAAAACCUUACAUUUUUUUAACGUUCCUGGAAUUACGCUUGAUCUUUGAUGAAACUUAAUGAUAGUUUCAAGUGCAAAUAGCUGAUAUUGAUCUCAAUGAGAUAAUGUGUACAUUUAAUUGUUGAAUUAGCCUUUUAAGCAGCAUGACGUACUGUGAAAAACUGAUAUGGGGUAUUGCCCUUUAAGUGCCUUUUGCUAAACAAUGACCAUACUGACUGAUGUGAAAUAAAGACAAGAAUAAAAACAUAAGUUUAAGCAAC